AUGGACGGGCUGCCCGGCCGGGCGCUGGGGGCCGCCUGCCUUCUGCUGCUGGCGGCCGGCUGGCUGGGACCCGAAGCCUGGGGUUCGCCCACACCCCCACCGUCGCCCGCUGCGCCGCCGCCGGGAGCACGGGGAGGCUCGCAGGACACCUGCACGUCGUGCGGUGGCUUCCGGCGGCCGGAGGAGCCGGGCCGGGUGGACAGCGACUUCCUGGAGGCGGUGAAGCGGCACAUCCUGAGCCGCCUGCAGAUGCGGGGCCGGCCCAACAUCACGCACGCCGUGCCGAAGGCCGCCAUGGUCACGGCCCUGCGCAAGCUGCACGCGGGCAAGGUACGCGAGGACGGCCGCGUGGAGAUCCCGCAUCUCGACGGCCACGCCAGCCCAGCCGCCGACGGCCAAGAGCGCAUGUCCGAAAUCAUCAGCUUUGCUGAGACAGAUGGCCUCGCCUCCUCCCGAGUCCGCCUCUACUUCUUCAUCUCCAAUGAGGGCAACCAGAAUCUGUUUGUGGUCCAGGCCAGUCUGUGGCUCUACCUGAAACUGCUGCCUUACGUCCUGGAGAAGGGCAACCGCCGGAAGGUGCGAGUGAAGGUGUCCUUCCAGCAGCAGGGACACGGGGACAGGUGGAGCAUGGUGGAGAAGAAGGUGGAGCUGCGGCGCGGGGGCUGGCAUACCUUCCCGCUCACUGAGGCCAUCCAGGCCCUGUUUGAGCACGGUGAACGAAGGCUUAGCCUGGACGUGCAGUGUGAGGGCUGCCAGGAGCUGGCUGUGGUGCCAGUGUUUGUGGACCCCACUGAGGAGUCCCACCGACCCUUUGUCGUGGUGCAGGCGCGGCUGGGCGACAGUAGACACCGCAUCAGGAAGCGGGGCCUGGAGUGUGAUGGCCACACGAGUCUCUGCUGCAGGCAGCAGUUCUACAUUGACUUCCGUGUCAUUGGGUGGAAUGACUGGAUCAUCGCGCCCACCGGCUACUAUGGGAACUACUGUGAGGGCAGCUGCCCGGCUUACCUGGCAGGAGUCCCUGGCUCCGCUUCCUCCUUCCACACUGCAGUGGUGAAUCAAUACCGCAUGCGGGGCCUGAACCCCAGCAUGGUGAACUCUUGCUGCAUCCCAACCAAGCUCAGCACCAUGUCCAUGCUCUACUUCGAUGAUGAGUAUAACAUUGUGAAGAGGGACGUCCCCAACAUGAUUGUGGAGGAGUGCGGCUGUGCCUGA